CCCUGCAACUGCAUCUCACUCACCCUCCUCCCUCUCUCUCCCUCCCUCCCUCUCUCUACCUUCGGAUUCAAAAUAUGGCGAAUACGGACACUGAAACCGCCACCGUCACUAAACCCUCGCCGCCGGUGAGCACGGAGGAGCUGAAGAAGGUCUUCGACCAGUUCGACGCGAACGGCGACGGGAAGAUCUCGGCAGUGGAACUCGGGAACGUGAUGAAGGCGAUGGGGACGCCGUACACGGAGGCGGAGCUGCAGCGCGUGAUGGAGGACGUGGACGUCGACCGCGACGGCUUCAUCAAUCUCGACGAGUUCUCCGCUCUCUGCCGAUCCUCCUCCUCCGCUUCCGAGGCCGCGGCCGAGCUCCGCGACGCCUUCGAUCUGUACGACGCCGACCGCAACGGCCUCAUCUCCGCUGCCGAGCUCCACCUGGUUCUCAACCGUCUCGGCAUGUCCUGCUCCGUCGACGACUGCGUCCGGAUGAUCGGCCCCGUCGACUCCGACGGCGACGGAAAUGUCAACUUCGACGAGUUCCAGAAGAUGAUGACGUCAUCCUCCCUCAUCGCCGGAAACGGAAACGCAGGUUCGGCUUAGGCAUCGGAUCUCCGGAUUUCGGAUCCUUGAAGGAAUUUGAAUAUGCAAGGUUUUCGUACGAUUAAUAGGCUAACUUGGAUCGAUCUCUUGUUAUAUGGAUGAUGAUGAUGAUGGAGACCUUAGAUCUGCUUGAUGUUAUUCCAAUUUAUAUGAACCACUUUUCUUUUUUCUGGGUUUAAAAAAAAACAUGUUCGAGCCUAA